AUGACGCAGCAACAGUCCUCGCCUUUACUGGAGGCAUUGUCCUGCCUAUCCGUCGCGCAUGGGUCGCGCAAUUGUUUUACAGCGGAGAUUUCGAGGGAUUGGACGACGCAGCUCGCUGUGCUGGGAGGUUUUCUCAAUGCGUUGAUGCUAUCUGCAACUCAGAAAUACCUAGAACUCGAAUUCGGACCUGGACGAUAUCCUCAUCCCAUCCAUACCUUCGUUCAGUUCCUUAAUAUGGUCCCGGCUGGGUCGGUGGUUAUCACAUGCCAUACUCUACGUACCUCGUCUCGACAAUGCGUGGUGAGGGUCGAAUUAUCCCGGAAUACCGAGUCUCAAUCGCCCACCACGGUGGCUAUCAUCGCAUACGGCGACCUCUCAAAAGAAAAAGGCAUCUCGCAGGAUACCAAGCCCGUUAUCACGACACUCCCGAACAGACACACAGAAUGCGUUCCUAUCGACGACCCCGUGGUCGAUGCUACACCGGUGACACGGAAGCUACACUGGAUUGCCCCUAAUGCCAACGGUCUCUGGGGUCACCGGCUGGGAGGUCAUUACCGGGAGGUUUGGUUGUCAUUAAGAGACGGAUCGAAAAUGUCUAGCGUUUUUCACCUAGCAGUCAUGACGGAUAUGCCGCUGCAACCUCCCGCCACGCAUGAACUAGGGUUCUACACGCGAUACGCACUGUCCACGCUCUGCUUGUCAGUGGAGUUCAAGAAGAUUCCGCAUCCCGAUACGCGGUGGGUGAUGACGCGAUCGCAUUCGAAUAAGGUAUCCAACGGCCGGUACGACGUGAAUGUGCAGAUUCUCGACGAGUCCGGUGAGCUGUUGGCUUUGAGUAACCAUGUGGUAUAUAUUGUUCCUCUUCGACCUCCGCCUAAGCCCAAGACUUCGAAGAUGUGA